AUGGAAUCAGAUAAUAUCAGCAAGGCGGUAGCAACAGCUUCAGCGCUUUACUCUUCUGGUUCCCUCAAUAAGGAUGUUUUUUUGAAGAACAAUUCUUACCGAAAAACCAUAAAUGAGACAUUGUCCAACAAGAAUACCUCUAUGAUUCUUAAGUACAGUAGUGCAAUUCCAUUGUUGUCGAGAAGAAGGCACUCAUUGGAUAAGAAACAAAGAAAUAGAAAACCCAAGCUAUACGCCGAACUGAGCGACGAGUUGGUGAGAGACAUACCGGAUGAAAGAUUGGAAACUGAUCACGGUGGACCUACAUCUGUGUUUUCUUUGUUCCAAGGAUUCAAUGCCACCCUUCCAGAAGUGAAUGAAGAAAUAGAGAGAAUUAAAAAGGGAUCAUCGAAACUCUUAGAGGGUGGUUUUGUAGACAAAGAGUCAAGAGAGCUAGAUGAUCCCAAUAGAGAUCCUUUACCAGCUGGAAUAACGGAAUCAAAAAUAAAACACUCUCAGAAUCCUCACCAUUUAAAACAAUUCAAAGCUGAGAUUGAUUACAAACUAGACCUAUUAGAGAUAAGAAAAGGGUUGACCGCAAAUGAGAUCCAGGAAAUUGAUAUCAAACUGGAAAAGUUACACAAAAUGAGAGCAUCUGUAUUCAAUAAGAUAGCUCUUUAUGAAAGAGACGAGAUUGCAUUAGAAAACUACUUGGAUGAAAUUGAAUCCAGGCUUUCCUUGAUCAAGGAUAUUGAUCCGGAUUUAAAUGAGACUGACGAAAGUAGUGAGGAGGAUGAAGAUGCCGAAGACGUUGAACCCGACCCCAAAUCCGAAAACCUCAUGAUGAAUCAGUCUGUCUAUGGUAGGCUGACUGAUGAACAUCACAAAAAAUCGAGAAAGAUAAAGCCUACUUUGCAACAAUAUUAUGAGCCGGGAUCUAAUAUAGCCGAGUUCCAUGGCCAUGAAGAUACAAUCACUACAUUCGGAUUUGACCUUCCAUUUGGAACCAUGGUAUCUGCGUCCCUAGACAAUACAGUACGCGUUUGGGAUCUCAGUAGAUCUAAAUGCAUUGGUCUUCUUGAGGGACAUAAUGCUGCAGUGAAAUGCCUUCAAAUUGAGGAUUCAACUGUUGUCACAGGCUCGCUUGAUGCUUCCAUUAAGAUGUGGGAUCUAAACAGGCUACAUAAUGAAGAGCAAGACCCUCUAAUACACUCAUUUGAUAGUCACGUCGAUGAAAUCACUGCUCUACAUUUCAACAACAACACUUUGAUUUCUGGGUCCAACGACAAGACCAUCCGACAAUGGGAUAUGACCACGGGGCACUGUUUACAAACUAUUGACGUUCUCUGGGCUUCAUCUAUGAUGAAUGCCUCUAGUGGAAGUUAUACCACUUCAAGUCCCGUAGUUGCAGCAGAACAGUCUUCAUUUAUAGGCUCUUUGCAAUGUUACGAUGCAGCCCUUGCAACGGGAACUGCUGAUGGUUUAGUUAGAUUAUGGGACUUGAGGUCUGGGGAAGUUAUUCGGCAACUCUCAGGUCAUACUGGACCUGUGACCUGUUUGCAAUUUGAUGACAAGCAUUUAAUCACUGGAUCGAGUGACAGAUCUAUCCGAAUUUGGGAUCUAAGGACAGGAAACAUCGUUGAUGCAUUUGUUUACGAUACCGGAAUCACGUCUCUUCAAUUUGACUCAAGACGGAUCAUAUCUACAAAUGGUGACUCAGUGGUUAAAGUCUACGAUCGAAUUGAAGAGAAGCACUGGGACUGUGGUCCUCGAGUCAGCGAUCCAUCUUCAGAAGUUAAUAUUAUUUUCGCCCGUUACCAAGAGGGCUAUAUGGUUGAAGGUAGAACCGAUGGAGCCUUCGGCGUUUGGGCCAUCUAA